CUUGUCUUCGUCUGUCUGCAAAUCCCAGUUCACUCCCAACGCCGGCCACUCCAGUUCAGUAGUUCACUCACCCACAACGCUAGCCAUGGCCCCGAAGCGACGCGGACGCAAGGUGGUGAGCUCCGUGGUGAAGACGAAGGUGGUGAAGGAGACCGUCGAGGUCGCCACUACCAUCCUCCCUGACUCCGACUCCCUGCCGGCCGACACCCAGCCGGAGCCGGAGGUCGUCGACGUCCACGGCUCCACCGCCGUCCACGUGGUGGAGGUCACCACCCCUGACGGAGAGGCCCCUGCGGCCAAGAAGUCCAAGAAAGGCGGGCAGGGGCAAGACGCCAGCCCCAAGUCGCCGGAGCCGCCGGUGGUGGAGCCGGUGUCCGUGCAGAGCCAGGAGACGCAGGAGGACCCCUACGCCUACAAGGACCAGCCCGAGCAGAGGACAACCGAGAAGCCACAGAUUGAGAAGAAGCCCGCGUCCGAGGGUCCAGAGACGCCUAGGCAGAAGAAGCCCAAGCCGGGCAGAAAAUCGACGGCGCUGAAGGAGGAGGGAUCCAAGUACGGCCGCGGGCGUCGUCGGCGCGGGAGCCGGCCGGAGAUGGGGUACAAGAGGUUCGUGUACAGGGUGCUGAAGCAGGUGCACCCGGACCUGGGCGCGUCCGGGAAGACCAUGGAGAUCCUGGACAUGAUGAUGGCCGACAUGUUCGAGCGCCUCGCCGAGGAGGCGGCGCGGCUGGCCAAGCACGCCCGCCGCGCCACGCUCUCCUCCCGCGAGGUGCAGAGCGCGGUGAGGCUCGUUCUGCCAGGGGAGCUCGCAGGGCACGCCAUCUCCGAGGGGACCAAGGCCGUCACCAAAUACAUGUCACGCGACUGAUCUGCUAGAUGAUGACAGCCGAUCUCCGAGCUAGUUAGCUUAGUGAGCACUGGGCAAGAAUGGUUUCUUAGUUUAUUAGCUGUUCAACUAGUUAGUGUUCGUUUAGUACUAGCACUAGCUAGUGCCUGGUUUAGAUUUGUUGUAGCUAGAUUUGGUGAUGUUGGAGACUGAUCCCUGUUUCUUCAGUUUGUGGUAUGGAUGUGUUCAGUGAGUAUGGAGUGAUGUUAUCUGAAUGAUGAA